UUUUUCGUUCUAACACCUUUCAGCCUGGAGAGGAAAAAAGGGGGGCGGGGAACGAGGGGAGAGGCAUUUUCAGCCCCGGAGUGCUUCAGUGUGUGUUGGUACGAGUCAAAAAGAGCGGGGUCUGCAACUCUGCUGCAUUUUACGGGGAAGUCAGUUUCCCACCAUUGUGUCCAGACACUGACAGGGGCUUUGCAGUGUUGUUGAGCGACUAUGAGAAACAGACGUAACAAGACUCGGGGAGCAGCACAGGAAGACGCUGAGUUCAGAUAAUGUUGGAGCCUCCGAGGUAAAGGCAGACCUCGUCUUUUGUGAAGCUUUUUUUAAGUGUCUUUCUGGAUUUGGGGUUGUAUUUAUUCUAUCGUGUGGCGUUGCCUUGCCAACGGUGAUAGCGGCCGAGCUGAGCUGCAGGGCUACAUGCCAUGGGCUGCGUUUUCUCCCUGCCGGAGGACAGGAGAGAUGCUGCUGAAAGAGCACCCACAACGAGAGAGACGAGUUUCAUUGACAAAAUGAAGAAAACGAGCAAGAACAUUAUUGUGUUCUAUGGCUCCCAGACGGGCACAGCAGAGGAAUUUGCCAACAGACUGUCGAAAGAUGCUCAACGUUACGGCAUGAAAGGAAUGGCUGCCGACCCAGAGGAAUAUGACAUGGGUGAACUGUCUCGUCUUGCUGAGAUCAAAAACUCAUUAGCCAUAUUCUGCAUGGCCACUUACGGAGAAGGAGACCCCACAGAUAACGCCCAGGAUUUUUAUGACUGGCUGCAAGAAAAUGACGAAGACCUCUCUGGACUCAACUACACGGUUUUUGCUUUGGGCAACAAGACAUAUGAACACUACAACGCAAUGGGGAAAUAUGUGGACAAAAGGUUGGAAGAACUCGGAGCCAAGCGCAUCUUUGACCUUGGUUUAGGAGAUGAUGAUGGCAAUUUGGAAGAGGACUUUGUCUCAUGGCGAGAGCAGUUUUGGCCCGCAGUCUGCGAGCACUUUGGAGUGGAAGCCUUAGGAGAUGACUCGAGCAUACGACAAUAUGAGCUGAAGGAGCACACCGACAUCAACAUGAAUAAAGUGUUCACUGGCGAGAUUGGCCGUCUGAAGAGUUUUGAGGUCCAGAAGCCGCCAUUUGAUUCAAAGAACCCCUUUUUAGCCCCGGUCACCGUCAACCGUAAACUCAACAAAGGAGGCGAUCGGCACCUGAUGCACCUUGAACUCGACAUUUCCGGCUCCAAGAUCAGAUACGAGUCAGGUGAUCAUGUGGCUGUUUUCCCAUCAAAUGACGCGGCAUUGGUGAACAAGUUGGGGCAGAUCCUUGGAGUGGACCUUGAUGUGGUUAUCUCUCUGAACAACCUUGAUGAGGAGUCCAAUAAGAAACACCCGUUCCCUUGCCCGACGACGUACCGCACGGCUCUAACACACUACCUCGACAUCACGCAUCCUCCUCGUACCAACGUGCUUUACGAGCUCGCGCAGUACGCUUCCGACCCAAAAGAACAGGAGAAUAUGCGCAAGAUGGCAUCGUCAUCACCCCAGGGAAAGGCGCUCUACCAGAGUUGGGUGCUGGAACCCUGUAGAAACAUCCUCGCCAUCCUUGAGGACAUGCCCUCUUUACGGCCCCCCAUUGACCACCUGUGUGAGCUCCUGCCUCGUCUCCAAGCUCGCUAUUACUCCAUAGCCUCCUCCUUUAAAGUUCACCCCAACAGCAUCCACAUCUGUGCUGUGGUGGUGGAAUACAAGACAAAGACAAACCGCACCAACAAGGGAGUGGCCACUAAUUGGCUGAAGAACAAACUCGUGACCGACAACGGCCACAAGUCCACCGUUCCCAUGUACAUCCGCAAAUCUCAGUUCCGCCUGCCCUUCAAGGCCAGCAUCUCGGUGAUCAUGAUAGGUCCUGGCACAGGGAUUGCUCCCUUCAUGGGCUUCAUCCAGGAGAGGGGCUGGCUCAAACAGCAAGGAAAGGAAGUCGGCGAGACGGUGAUGUACUUUGGCUGCCGACAUAAGAAUGAAGAUUAUCUCUACCAGGAAGAGCUGGAGGAGGCGGAGAAGAAUGAAGUCCUAACGCAGCUUAACGUUGCCUUCUCCAGAGACCAGGAAUACAAGGUUUAUGUCCAACACCUCUUGAAGAAAAAUAAGGACCACCUCUGGAAGCUCAUUAAUUCGGACAGCGCCCAUAUUUACAUUUGCGGGGAUGCAAGAAACAUGGCGAAGGAUGUACAGACGGCCUUCUAUGAGAUCGCAGAAGAGCUCGGAGGCAUGGCGCGCACGCAGGCCGUAGAAUACGUCAAGAAACUGAUGACCAAGGGACGCUACUCGCAGGACGUCUGGAGUUAAAAAAAAAAAAACCCAGCCCCGGGCCUCCAUCUGACUACUCUAGUGGUCGUUUUUAAUUAGUGUUGUCUGUUUUUUUUUUAUAUCUUAUUUUAUCAGGACUGCAAAUGAAAACAUUAAA